AAUUAUCGAAAAGCACAGGACCCCUAUAUCAGUUUGGCAGCUAUACAUGCAGCUACUUCCAACUUCUCUGAUUCAAAUAAGCUUGGAGAAGGUGGUUUUGGUCCUGUUUACAAGGGUAUACUAAAUGAUGGAAGGGAAGUGGCAAUCAAAAGGCUUUCAAGCUUGUCCGAGCAAGGUUUAGAGGAAUUCACAAAUGAAGUUCUACUGAUAAUGAAACUUCAGCACAAAAAUCUUGUCCGGCUUUGUGGUUUUUGCGUAGACGGAGAGGAGAAGCUCCUUGCAUAUGAAUUCAUGCCAAAUAGCAGCCUAGAUGUCAUCCUCUUUGAUUCAAAGAAACGUGCACGACUUGAUUGGAGCCGGCGCAUUAGCAUUAUCAGUGGGAUUGCAAGGGGGAUUCUUUAUUUGCAUGAGGACUCUCGACUUAGAAUCAUCCAUAGAGACCUUAAAGCUAGCAAUAUAUUAUUAGACAAUGACAUGAAUCCAAAGAUCUCAGACUUUGGCAUGGCAAGGAUCUUUGUAGGAAGUGAAGGAGAAGCUAAUACUGCUACAAUAGUUGGCACUUAUGGAUAUAUGGCUCCAGAAUACGCAAUGGAGGGACUAUACUCCGUGAAGUCCGAUGUUUUUGCCUUUGGAGUACUCUUGAUUGAGAUCAUAACUGGGAGAAGGAACGCUGGCUUUCAUCUGAUAAAACGCGUUCCUAGCCUCAUAGCAUAUGCAUGGCAAUUAUGGAAUGAAGGAAACGGGCUAGAGCUGAUGGAUCCGUUACUGGUUGAUUCAUGUGACGCCGAUGAAUUUUUAAGAUAUCUCCAUAUUGGAUUGUUGUGUGUUCAAGAAGAUGCGGAUGACAGGCCAACCAUGUCUUAUGUUGUUGUCAUGUUGAAAAGUGAAACAGUAACUCUUAGCCCACCUGAAAAACCUGCUUUCUCUACAGGAAGGUUUGCUGAUCAUUGUGAGAUGAGGGCUGAUCAUAUUAUCUCAAUCAAUGAACAAUCAGUUUCUGAUGUUGUGCCACGGUAAGGGAGCUGAUCCGUGGAGCUAUGCAUGGAAAUCGUGAUGCUGGCCAAGCACCAAGUUUAAUUUGUGUAUCUGCUGUUGACUUAAAGCAUUUCAUAGAGAGACCACAAGUUAAAUGAUGAUGUAUCAAAUAAAUUUUGAAUUGCAAUUGAACAAUAUAUCUUCUC